AUGUGUUUUGGGUGUUGUGGUGCCCGCGUGGCCAUAUCCGAACUGAGGUCCCCUGGUGUACAAGUGCCACCAUGCAGGUAUGUGAGGCCGUGGCGCAGAGGGCCAGAGUUGGGGCACGGGGACUUCGGUGGUCCUCUGGCGGGGCCCUCAGGUUCCCCUGGGACCCCCGGAGACAAAUUGGCAGAGCUGCUGCAGUUGGCUUCCCCCGAAGACCACGAGAGGAUCCUUCGCGCUGCGGCCAUGCUGUCCCCAGAGAGUCCCACAAGGGGUAGAACCGACAAUGGCGGAGUGGGUUUCGUAUAUGGCCGCUACAGACAGCCUCCGAGUAGCGGCAGUGGGACGGGGUCCGCUAGUGGGCGUGGCUCAGAUCGAUUAGCUGGUGGCGGACACGAAUUCUCCGAUGGGGCAGACAGUCAUGCAUUUACAGAGGAGGAUGACUUGGAGAGACCUGAUGCAGGGGAGACAGCAGACUCGGAAAGGAUAUACAUGGGGCUGAGGAAUGUAAUCGCCACAAAGGAUUUCAGUAAAAGCGCUCUAAUCCAGGCACAGUAUCCCAUGAGUUGCAGUGAUACAAGGAAGCUCUUGAAAUUAGCACUGGUUAAGAGAUUAAACAGGCACUUGGCACAGGACUUCCUAAAAGAAUAA